GACAUCAUCACAGCAGGCAGGUCCAUCACACACACACAUUCACCUCUGCGCCUUUAAAUAUCACGCUGUCACUGCAUUGUCUUUGGGAAAGGGGCGUUCUCUCUCGGUGAAGUAACGCGCACAUCAGACGCCUGAAGUUCGCGGAUCUCAUACAGUUCGGCUUUCUCACCCCACACAGACUCGCGGAGGCUGCUGGUGAUUUUGAAAAGCUCUGGACUUGACUUGCAUGGACGAUCGCAAAAUCAGAACACGCGAAUCGGUUUGUCUGUGAUAUCUGCGCAUCAUGAGCGCGCAUGGGAACGCGAGGGUCGAGAUGGAUUUAGCGGAUGAUCAGAUCAAAGUUCUGGAGGAGAACUUCACGAGAGUCAGCAAACAUCCAGACGACGCCACGCUGAUGCUGAUCGCGGCGGAGUGCGGGCUGAGCGAGGAAGAGACGGCGAAAUGGUUCAGGAUGAGAAACGCUCAGUGGAGAAAGGCAGAAGGUCUUCCACCUAACCUGGGAUCAGUGAAGGAUUGAAGGAAAGAAGACCUCAGUUCCUCAUGUUCUCUUUUAAAUGUUCUCUUUCGUCUUCGGUAGUCCAGCUCUCUCUUUUAUUUUCGCUUUCUUCGGGACACUUUCUGAAGAUUGAAGAGCUUAUUUUAUUCUUCUUUGUUUUAUCUAAGUUAUAAUAUUUGGCCGAAAGCAAAGUGUAAAUGUACCAUAUGGUUUACUAACUUAAUCACAUGCACGUAUAUAAAGUAAAUGUAAAAAUCUGUAUAUAAUGACAUAGUCUGUAUACAUCCUGGAUUUGAUUUCAAAUGAAGAAUUAUUAGCUACCAAAACAUGACUUUCUCAUUUGCAUUUUUAUCAGAACCAAACAGAGGAACAUCUCAGGAUGCCACACUUUUAUUUUUAACCCCUCGGGAAAGAUAAACAAACAAACUUGUUUUAUUAUCUCAAGUGUUUCUCUAGAGACCAAUGAGACUUUGGAGAUGUCUCCUGCUUCUCAAGAUUUCUUCCCCAGUCUCUUCUAGAGCUCCUGAAGCCAUCGCAGACAAUACUUAAACAAAAAUACAACCGAGAGCUCAGUUAAAACCUCUGAGCAAGAAUGUUUUCUGGAAGACAUGUUCAGUUUAAAUGUGAAUGAACUGGAUGUAAACUAACAGUCCUGAGGAAACAUUGAGAUGAAAAGAUGCCGAUCAAUGAAGAAGAGGAGAAUACAAUGAUGUUGUGACGGACGCAAGAAAACGGAAUCAAGAGAUGUUCAGGCCAGUAGAAAGGCUCAUGAGUGUUUCAUAAAAUAUUCAAAAUGUUUAAAACACAAGAAAUGAGGAACUGAAGCAGUGUUUGAAAGGUUAGCUUCAGUGAACAUGAGAUUCUGACUGCUAUGUGUGUGUGUUUGUGUGUGUGUGUGUGUGUUUUCUGUGCUGUGGGGUGUGAAAAACUUUCCACACCCACUGUGGAAAAACAAACAUGUUCAUUUGACUACAGCAACAAUGCACUUCUGUGCACACAAACACACGUUUCAGCUCAAGGUUUAACCGCGACGGCCUGAAGACAGUUAAAAUGGUAAUGACAUUGGAAAAUAUAACCGAGAUUCAAUACAUCAGAAAUGUCAUAAAGUUACUUAAAGAAUAAAUAUUCAUUUAUAAAUCAACAUUAAAACUAAAAAUGCAGUAAAGACGUCCGACAAAAGAUCUCCUGCGGUCUCACACAUGAAGAUUUCACCUCACGUCCGAUUUUACGUUAUUACAACUUAUUAUACGCGACUAAUCGAAAAGUAACCGAAACCGACAUUCAGGACCUCUAAUAGAGGUAAUUUUCCCAUUUACUGACACUUAAGUGCUUUACUUUUAGGUGCGUACUCACAAUUACAACAAAACUUUGUUUGUUUGUGUUUUCUUAAGAAAAUGAUGAGGACGCGUUAUCAUCUCUCCGCGCUCCCACAUUUCUGAAACGCGUCACUAAACUGAUCCAAAACUCUGCAAAUACUUAUCACACAAACACGUGUAUGUCUAAAGAAAGCUUAAAAUAUCGACUUUCUAACGAUCCGAUUCAGAUUGAAAUCAAAUGUUUAUGUAAUAUGCAUAGACGAGAUGUACAGUUGAGAAAUAUUCUUCCUCCUGUUUAGUGAUCACAGGACUUUUAGUUAAAAAAUGGCAUAUUGGGUGAAAUAUAGGCCUAGAUAUACUGAAACACGUUUACCUUAUAUUUCUUUAGACAGACUUCAAGUUCAACUCCGUCCGUUUCUUUCAUGCAAGCGCUCUUAUGACUUCAGGAUGUUUCUCCAGUGUCCUAAAGUACACACGAUUUCUCACGGCAGACGUUUUGCUGAUUUGUGUUGCAUUUGUUCUCCUGUCUUCAGAUGCAGCAAAUGCUAAUUUUCAAUAAAUAACCAUGAAUAGUUUGUAUUUCCUUUGAUUUUAAAAUAUUUUUAUUAUAUUAUAAUAAAUUAUUAUAUUAUUAUUAUAAUAUUUUAUUAGGAAAUAUAUAUUUACAGUACAAACCAUGUCACUGAGCUUCAGCAAAAUAACUGAGAAAAAUAAACAAAAACAAAUUAAUAGUUCAAUAAUUGUCAUCGAGACAAUUGUAUUAAUUUUGUUGACAUUUAUUUUAGGACAACCCCCCAUUCAUCUCUUUCUGGCACAAGUAGUAUCAAAAGAAAUAAAAAAGGAGUAAAGUUUCAAAUCCAUUGACAUAAAUGAUGUUAACACAUAAAUCAGACAAUGCAUCAGCAAUUUAGUGUCAUUCCCAGAGUUGUGGUCUUGAAAAAAAAGACCACUACGUCCAGAACCAAGACAUUUCCAAGGCCAAAGACAGUCGAGACAUUUGGUGCGAGACUUAUGAAACUUAGUGUUUAUUUUGGUUAGAUUCAUACAUUUUGUAGUUGAUUAUCAUUUCAUCUUUAAUUUGUGACCAAAAUCUAAAUGAGAAUGGGUUUUGGGGGAAUUUUGUUGCAAAAAUGUAGUACCGUAUGUAACAGCGCUGUUGAAAAAAACAAUAGAAACCCAGUAGAAACAGUCCUUUUGACAUGUGUUUUGGGCAUAAUUCAGGAUUUAACAUCCUACCAAAACAAUCCAUCACAUACCAAUAGUUUCCAUUAAAACCAGUACAGUACCCAUUAUUACUGCGCAGUUUCAUGAUGCCACCUGGGUGGCUAUUGCUCUGAUGGCUUGGGCCCGUCAGCGCUGCUCGCAGCUAUAUUUUUACUGAAUAUUUACACAUUGCACACUGAAGUUUUUGCUGGUUGUUUGGUUGAAGCAAGACUUAAAGAAAAAUUGGUUUACAUUAACCUGGAUUGAUGUCUCAGUUGAGCUGGCCUUCCAGACAAAUCCCAGUAAAUCCAGGAACUCCUUUGGAAAACUAACAUUGACUGAUCUGAAACAGAGUGUUUAAUUGGUUAGAUUCAUUAACUUUUUAAUAUAUUGAUAUUUUUAACAAAAUGUCUUUGUUGCGUCAAAAUUACUUUUUGCAAGAGUCGAUAGCCUAGUGGCGCGGUUGAGCACAAGGUGACCCGAGUUCGAUUCCCAUCUUGUGGUCCUUCCCCGAACCCAGAGGUUGCAUCUGUGAUGGCUUAUUACUCGGUGUACAUGUCGUUAUUGUACUUUGUUAAAUGAAUAGAUUAAAUCUAUUGUAAGUAUUUUAUAUAAAAGACAAUGCAUAAGGUUACUGAAAAUUCCUUUAUGAAGAAAGAAAAACUGCCUGUGGAAAUCACUUCCACUAUUUCCCCCCUACUUGAGGUUUCUGAAUUAUUAUUCCUUUCUGUUUGAUUGAGAGUUUUAUUGAUAACAGAGAUAGCGAUUGGACAGAAGUCAGUUCAAACUAAAAAAUGAAAUUUAACAAGGUAGCUUAGAUGUAGUAAGCUACAUUUGACACAUUUUAUCUUAAUUUCCCAGGAUGAUGGAAUCGGUGUAGUGAAGCUUCAUUUAAUGUAACUUUUAUCUUAGCUCACAACAUUUUCCAAGUAGCUUGCCCAACACUGGCCUCCCGUUAUAGAUUACAACUUCCCCGUCUCUAUCUAUUUUUAAGUUUACUCUAAAGACCGAUUUAUUUUCUCUGACAUUUAAUAAUCCCUGGUUUACUGUUUGAGGAUUAAGCUUUUUAGGAAACCUUUGCCUAUGUUAUAGCUAGUGUUUUAUUGAGUUUUAAUGUGUUUUCAUAGAUUUAAAUUUUGUGUUGUGUGUUUUAAAACUUUGAUCAUCGUCUUUUUGUGAAGCACUUAGGUCACCACGGGUGCUUUUAAUUUGUGCUAUAUAAAUAAACUUUGUAUUGUUAAAAAAUUAA